CUGUCUAGUGUUUAUAUACUCUUUGGUAACUGUAAUAGGCACCCUAGCUAGGUACUUUAAAGUAAAGUUUAAACUUCGAGUUCAGCGCUUCAGCCACAGGUUCAGCGUUUCAGUAAUUUUAAUUAAACUAAUUUUACUUAUUUUUUCUACUUGUUACUAAUCAAUUCAUAAAGAAAUAAGAAAAGAAAACAAGUUGGAAUGUGUUUUAAGGAAGCAUUAUUUACUCUAUGAGUAUUAUGUACCCUUAUAACUGAGAAUAGAGCCAUAAUAAUUCGAGUUUAUUAUUUUUAACUAUAUUUGCUAACAUGAACAUAGAAAGUGCUGCAGUAAACAUUUUGAAACGAGGUGUGGAUUUAGAUACUAAGAAACGUUACACUGAAGCUCUUGUGUGCUAUCAGGAAGGAUUGCAAGUAUUAGUUGAUAAGUUGAGAGGUGAAAAUGAUGAGAACAAUAAAAACUAUUUAAGGAAAAAGGUAGAAGAAUAUAUGAACAGAGCGGAGGCUAUAAAGAAACUGGUGUUGAAGCAGAAAGAGGAAGGAAAGUUCCAUGAGCAGGUGCACAUAGAGAAUGACUCAACGGGUCACGGGUAUAAGACACUGUUUGGACGGUUUCUUGAUGAGGAGGUGGAGUAUGUGGUUGUUGAGGACCCUUAUAUUAGGAGUUUUCAUCAGUGUCAAAACUUCCUCCGCCUGUGUGAAUUACUAGUGAAAUCCUGUGACAAUUUGAGGCGAAUACAACUGAAAACGAGCACAGAUGGAAAAUCUGAAGGCAACCAGAAAGAGUGGUUCUAUAACCUAAAAACUGACUUGCAGAAGUAUGGAACACAGCUCAUAGUGAUGUACUCAGAUACAUUGCAUGACAGGCAAAUUAUCUUAAGUUCGGGCUGGAUUAUCAAGAUAGGCAGAGGUCUAGACUUCUACAAGGCGCCGAGCAAUAAGUUCUGUCUAGGCGUAUACGACCUAGACUUGCGCCAGUGUCACGAGACUACAGUCGACAUAGUGCACUCAAAAAAUGUAAAACAAUCAUAUGGAUAAUAAAUAAGAUAUUUUUAAUUUUUUUUUAAUCUAUAGCCUUUUUUCACUAAA